CGACCCCAUUUCGCCGCGCUCUAACUGACUGGAGCUAUCCAAGCACUUCCGCUUAUACCUCUCUUCUACUAUGUCUACAGGACCUUCCCUUGUCGAGCAAUUUCCACCAGAGCUGCUAACCGUAAUAUGUGCUCACAUCUACGCAUCCGGUCUGCCACCCCUGGUGACCUCUCUUGAUCCUCCUCUGUGCUCCGAACAUCCCAGCCUACCGACCGCUCUGCCUUCCUCAUACCCUUGUGCCUAUUGGCCCGAAGCUGUGGUUCGCAAAACCCUCGCUAGCAUAUGCUCGACGAACAGAGCCUGGUACGAAGCCGCCAAGCCGUGGCUAUGGCGCAAGGUAGAGAUCCGCCUCCCUCGUUCAUGGUUGUCGAUCGUGGAGGAGGUAGCGGGUGGUGACGACGAAGAGGCCAGCGAAGAGCAAGCCGCACUCAUGGUCGGCCGAACGCUCAAGAACGCGGAGACUGCGGCCCUAGCUGCCCGCACGCUGCUCGGCGAGAGUGGCGGUACCGACGAGGCAGCGUCGGACCUUCACGACAAGGUCCUCGAGCGACUGUCCGGCCCCGAUAUCUCCAUACCCCCGGAGCUGCUCACACCGCCCGCGAGCCGAGAACCCAGUCCACGACGCCUCCGGACGAAGAGCAGGUCGCCCGCGCGGUGGAAACUCAUGCGCUCCAUAAGCGUGGCCGUCCAGGAUGUCAUGGAGCGCGCUCACCCCGGCAUGUACGUUCCGCAACCGCAAGAUCCGCACCCGGGGCGCCUGGUUUGGCACCUAGAUUUCAACCACUUCCGGACCAUCGGAAUGAGGCGUUCAGUCGAGGAGGGUGUCAAUAACCGGUUCGUCACCGGUGACAGGCUUGUAGCCGUCCUAAAGGAGCUGCCUAACUUACGUGCCUUUGGCGCUACGGAGUACAUGGAUGGCGCGCUCACGUUCCCUGUGCUGAAGGAACUUCUCCUGCGCGGGUCCGCGUCUCGCGGACGCGGCCGUCCUUCGCGAGGACGCGACGUCGUGGUCCCGGAUCCGAACGACCCCGAGCAAGAAGACCUUGAUCGCCGGCGCGAAUGCAAAGAUCUCGAAGCCAUCGACUUGACGGGUUGUGUCAGCGGCGUGUUUGUUAGCGCUCUGACGCAAUUUGUCGACAGCUUCCUCCUUGGCACUUCCGAAGACGACAUCGAGGACGAACUCGAACGACGGCGCACACGCUCCAGGAAACUUGUCCAAGAGGAGUCCUUGAUUUUCCCUGGGUUACGCCGUCUAGGCUUGCGUGGAGUGAAGUCCCUCCAGCCGCGCAUCCUUGAGCCCCUCGUACAGGCGUUCCCUCACCUCACCCACCUCGAUCUCUCGUGCACGCGCAUCUCGCCUGAGGGUCUGGCAGCCCUAGGUCGGUCUUCGACCGUCAGACUGCAGUCGCUCGCCCUCGAGCGCUGCAACUGGCUCACUGGGGAGAGCAUCCGGAACUUCCUUGUGGAGGCGCCUGCCGCUCAGGAUCUCCGCGAACUUUCGCUCUACGGCGACUGGACGUUCCCAUCCCCUCUCUCGGAGGAGGAUGUGCGCGACAUCUUUGAGUAUGCCCCUUGUUUCAAGAGUGGACAGCUCGUCUAUCUUGACCUAUCGAGCACGCCACUCACGCGUGAGCUGCUCCUCGACGUCUGCCCACCCCAGCCGCGCUUGCGUUCCCUCGGUCUAUCUCACAUCCGGAAUCUCGAACUGCACGUUAUUGUGCAAUUCCUCACCACAAAGGCGAGCAACGUCGAGGUCCUGACGCUCGUCACGUCCACCCCGGAGCUCGGAUACGGCGGUCCGGUCGUGUCGGCGCGCCAGGCCACGAUCGCGCUUCAUGCACAGCUCGUGCGCCCUCUGUGUACGCCUCCGUUCUCCUUCAGCUUGACGUCGACGCCGAAGGUGGAGGAGCCGCCGACGCGCUUGCGUGUCAUCGAGCUCGCACCGCCCUUGCUCACCGGUCUGGGCGCCGGCGCUGGAACGUGGCGCAUCAUCCGGAGCAAGGGCGGCCGUGGAUGGUACGUCGACACUGCUAGCGGCUGGGUCGCGGAGCCGUCGUCCGGCGACCAGUCGCGACAGGGCCCCGUCCUGCGGAGGGAUCUCGAGCCGAAUCACCCGUGGAGAGUUGGGCUCGAGGCGCUCGCAGAUGCGAACGGUAACGUGAGCACUGGCGUCGGGUGGCACGCGCGCAAGAUGGAGGUCCUCCUUGGGGAUGGGCUCCUUGGCCGCGAGGCGGGUUUGUACGGCGCUGUCUCCUUCGCAUACCAAGGAUAGGCACAGGAUGCGGCUCUCCUUGUUCCACGCACCUUGUUCCUCAUCCAUGCCCAUAGUUCGCGCUCUGGUGUGCUAAUCGCCUUUGGAAGUUUCUUCGAUGUCGACACUCGUAAUCCCCUGCUUUCCUACUCGUCCCGCUGUAUAUCACAUCUAUCACUCUGCUCCUUGGUCGCCCGGUCGCAUGGGCAGCCCAAAAACAUUAACACAUCUAAUACAAUCAAAACAGAAUUCACCUUGUCUGGAAUGGAACGCUUGCAUCACAUUUGUACAGUACUAGCAUCAUGUCGAAGAUUUCCUCGCAAUGAACGGCUCUUCUACGUUC